AUGGCUGAUAUGGAGAUCUAUAACAGACUGGCGAUCCUUCCACAAGAAAUCCAAGACGCUACUAACGAAAAGCUCCACUGGGAGGAAAUGCUUGGGUUGUUCUGGGAGCACCCGCCUGCUCUGGAUCCAGAGUUUGUGGGUGCAAGGAUGCAACUUUUACGGGACCGCAUUCGCGGUCUGCAACAAAGGAUUUCUGAUCUCCUGCAGGAGCAGAACUUCCUAAUUGUGUGUGCUAUCGAACACGUUCGCCAGCGCCACUAG